UUUAGGAUUUAAGUUCAUUUCUGGGCGGGAAUAUCGGCUGUCUGUGUAAGAUACAUGAAUGAAUUGCUUGUAUCCAGUAGCCUACGAGUGGAGUAUGGACUACAUUUCCCACGAUGCAUUGAGCGGGGGUUAUAGGUUAUCAGGAGUUGUGUUGUUCUCCACGGCCACUGCACCCUUCUUUCCCCGAAAAAUAAGAACCUUGCACUUAAUAUUGUGCAAUAUUCGUUAUCUAACCCGCAGAUGUAGCUAUAUGAGGGCUGUUGGUCUGCCAGUGUUCACUCAGUGUGUAUGAGCGGUGCUCCGGACGAAAACCCUGCUGGGAAUAACCAACGGGUGCUGCUGGACUGCUGCGGAGGACUCAACAACGUCGAUUAUUCGAAGAUGGACUUGACGCCGAUGGAAGGACUCCUAAAACACAUCGACUUUGGUGACGCCAGCUUUUGCAUUGCUGUGAUCGCCAUCAUUUUCAACCCUUUCUUCUGGAAUGUGGUGGCGAGAUGGGAGCAUCGAACACGGACGCUCUCCAGGCUCUUUGGUGGCCCCUACCUGGCCUGUUACUGCCUGGGCUUCAUCAUCAUUCUGCUCAACGUGUACCGAAGCCACAGUAUGACGGUGGCGAUGAAGGCCCAGGCCAGGUGGGAGGUGAUGGACAGGACAGAUGUUUUCUACGCCGGCGUAGCUCUCAUGGUGCUGGGCACUGUGCUGGUGGUCGGCAGCUUCCUGGCUCUGGGAUUCGUUGGCACCUUCCUAGGUGAUUACUUUGGCAUCCUGAUGGAUGAGAAGGUGACAGGCUUUCCCUUCAACAUCAUAGAGAACCCAAUGUACUGGGGCAGCACUGCCAACUACCUCGGCCUGGCACUCAUCGGUGCUAGUCCGGUUGGUCUCGUCCUGACUGCCAUAGUAGCCGUGUCUUACAAGGUGGCGAUACGAUUUGAGGGACCGUUCACUGAGCAGAUCUAUCAGGAGAGGAGUCAGCGCCGCAAGCUUGAAUAAACACCUCCCUCCACGGCGUUUCCUGCUCCCGGGUUUGGCUGAGGAUUCCCGUCCUAUCACAAAGACAGACAAACUGAACCACAGACAGACUUACCAACAGGGUUGCCAUUAAUCCACCUCCAGUGUGGAUACACACGUUCAUGACGCUACAUGGAGCCAUUUUUCUAAUGUCAUUUUGGACCACAUGGUUAUGAUAAUAGUUUGGUAUUCUGAGAAACCUCAUUUUCUUUCUUGUUGAGAGUCAACAACAUUGAGAACAUUGAUAUCCCAGGACGUGAGAGUUAGGGGUGGGAAUCUCUAGGCACCUAACACCCAACUUAACUUGAUUUGAUUUGAUUCCAAUUCCGAUGACUAUGAUGCCAUGAUAAAACGAUUAUCUGUUGCAUCUUGUUGCAUCGACAGUUUUAUUUGAUAUUAUGAUUUUUUUUUUCUCACUCUGUGACUACUUGACAUGUGUAAUAAGCCAUAAUUAAAAUAAACAGAUUCAUUUACUGCCAUUAUCUUUUAGUUUUGUUAGACUCAACUAGCAUUAGGGAUGUAAAUGAAAGACAUAUAUAUUAGUUUUGCAUUUACACUUACAUCUACUCACGUUUACAAAGAUUUUGAAGGUCCCAUGGCAUGAAAAUUUCACUUUAUGAGGUUUUUUAACAUUAAUAUGCGUUCCCCCAGCCUGCCUAU